GCGAAUUCGGCUGUUUUUUUCGACAUUCUGCCUUGUCUGUUGUUUUUUCUCAUUUGCUUGUUCUCUUUACUUGAUUUUCUUUUCUGCACCCGGUGUUAGCUAUCAAAAGAGCGACGUGGAGACAGAACUACUCUUUACCCUGAUACGUGUGUGUUUUUCUUUCUUCGUCUUGACUGACCGACCCUUCAAAGCUGUUUUGUAGAGUUGAGACAAAGAACUUAUUGGAGAACCAGGAAAAACGCGACGGGACCGGGUCAGACGAUGCAGUUGUGUUGAGCUGGAGUGAAAAGAAGCCAGGCCCUUAGUUCUUGCAGAGCAGUGUGUGACAAUGUUGAUGCCGAAAUCAUAAUCAAAUAUCAUAUUUUUUCAUAUUUCCUUUUCCUCAUCAAACUGAAAAUUUGCUCCUGCUUUUCAGUAUAGACAACUUGAAAAGCAAAUAGAAAAAAAUUGUCACCCACUUGUAUUAUACCCCGCAACCGACCCGCCCUCGUGUGAAACUGGAUUUAAUACUCAUCGUACAUACGUAGUGGUAGUACAGUACUUUUCCCCCUGCACCAGAGAGAAGAAAUGGUUUCCGACAUUUAAGAGUAAGUUCUAAUAUAAGGCUAAGGAGCACCAGCACUUUCACUUAGCACAUGGUCUGACCAGCAAAAGCAACAUUCGUGAUCACGAAGACGCAAGGUCGCUGUCAUGAAUUUGGUGUAGAAAAACCUAACAUAAAAACCGUGCAGAACACAACACAUUCGCUCUGGUAUAGCUGCUAGGAGGUAGCACCCGAAAAAAUGGCUGCCCAGCCCGUGGUAUCCUGUGCAAAUAAAGUAUCGCACUCGUAUAAAAAUUUGCAGUCAUGCAGCAUGGCGAAUCCCUUUGCCAAGAACCUGAGCAAGCAUUACAAGUUCCGGUUCUGUUCGUGCGAAAAUGUGUAAUGCAAGUGCGAUAGUUUUGCAAUGCAUACGUGGCCCCGGCCGACGAGGCUCAAAUCCAAGACUUCUUGUUAUGCGAGAAAGCUGCGUUAAUGUUACGAAGAACACGAAUCGAUUUUCCUGAUCAAGAAUCACAGUGGCUUUACCAUGCAAGAAGUUGUACGGUAUAAAUAUAUCAUUGGCCCGAAAGAGAUCAAAGAAGGCAUAACUUUAUCGUAGGGAUGGUGAGGAAACAAGAAAUUGUUCUUCGUAACAAGUUUGCUAGGAUAAUCAGAAGUCUUGGAGAAGCACCGAUCGGAAUGUGAGCGCAUGGGAAAGUAUAGUUCUUACAUUUAUGUUUUAGUUCUUCUGUGAUGCGUGACAACGUGAACGUUGACGUUCUGAUGUUGCAUGAGGAUUGUUUUUGUAUCCGCCCUUGCGAAGAGGAAGAAAGGGAGCUUUUCAUGUAGUUGAUGGCAGAGUAACCACUAUUCCGCAUCAAAUCUUACUGCCAAGGUAUGAAGAGGCCGAGCUUGCGAAAACGAGGCUAGAACAGUUGCGAACACAUGAAGAGUAUCCUGUGCAAGAGUAUCGUACUCGUAUAAAUGCAAGUCUUGCAUUACAAAUUUUCUUCCCAAGGUAGAUCCGCAUGACAAAUUUCAUUUCUCAUGCUGAGGGAAUUUGUAAUGCAUUUAUACGAGUACGAUACUUUUGGUUUUGCAAUGCAUAAAGAGAACCGAAGAAGAGAGGAGUUGCGGUCGCAACAGCUGGCAGAGCGAUUAGGUAGAUACAUAAGGGUUAGAUGAGAUGCAUGACAAUCGAUGGAUCCAUUUCAACAACAUCAACAUCUCAUGCAUGCUCGGCAUAACAAACAGGAAUUUAACGCAAUCAAACAGGUGUUGAGGAGGCGCAUAUGAAGGAGCUUCAGGAAUUCAACGAAAUUUGGGACAAAAAAGUAGCAGACUUCGAGUCACAUGCAGGUAGAAUAAAAAUUAAAAUAUUGGCACAAUUUCAGUUGUGCCUUUUUCCGCAUGAGCCUACGAUGCCUUGUUUUUCUUGGUAGAAAAAAAUAGGGUCCUCUUCCACCUCGCAGAGAGAAGACGAGUAGUUGCGAACCAUCACGCACCAUGACAAAUAAAAAACGAUUGCAAAACAUCAAUCAGCGAACCUCCAAAACACGCUGGGCGGUAGACACAAGCAGGAGCACAUGAGUUUCAUGGAGAAAAUCAAGAAAGAGACGACACCCAGAACGCCCAGAUGGUCAAGGGAGCUGUUGAAUCUGCGAAAAAUCCAGGACACCCUGGCAAAACAGAAGAAAUACAGGUACCGACUAUACCAUGAUAACAGCAGCAUGGUCAUUACAUUUUUGGACGAGAUUAUCGAGGACUGGUGUUGCAUGAAAUACCAUUGAUGUGUUUUCGUUUUGUAAUUAAGGCCGUUCAUCAACAUGUGGUCAAGGACAAGGAACUCGAGUUGUACAGCAAUACAAACUGCCUGACUUCUUCACCUAAUUACACCAGUGAAGCGCAGAAGACGAAGCACCAAGCUGACAAUCUGGAGAUCAAGGAGCACGGGGCGUGGAAGGCGAAAAGGGAUGCCAAGAUUGCGGCGUUAGAAGAUCAGUUUUUGCGAAAACAGGCGCUGGAAAUGCACGGGCUACUGAAACGUACUCCAUUGUUCAGAAUCUCUUUUUCUGUCUUGCUCUUGUAUUUGCAUGCAAUAGAUACUCCUGGAGGUUGUACUAGUACUUUCAAAUGAAGAUACUUGACCUGGACGAAUUGUUGUUGUUUCUAGGUCAAGACAGUAGAAAUUCCAAUCAGGGAAAAUAAUUUUGAAACAACAGGUAUCCAAUCCGGCCGAGAGGAACAGAAGCACGCACGAAAGACCGAGUUAGAGCGAUUGUUGCAGAGGUAGAAAUAGAAACACGAUACUUUUUUCUAUAUGAUUAUGAUAUCUUCCACUCAAGCUCAACAAAAACUUUGUAUUCUUGAGUUGGUCCAGACCAUGCGCGUACCAUGACCACCAAUGCGACGUCUUUGCAAAAAUGCUCAAAUUUCUCAGGUAUCACAACGUGAAAACGCAGCUCGAAUCGCAACAGACUAUCAUCCGCCAACGGGCCGAGAAGUUUCCCGCUACCGCCGGGUUUGAACGAACCAGCACGAUGAGCCGUCCAGGAACUGCCCGCAACGCGGGGCGGUAAUAGAAGCAGGGCUUUUAUUUUUGAACAACAGUGCGAACCCAAGCAAACAAAAAACUGCUCCUGAACAGCAAGGGUAGAAAAGCACAACAACAUCACCAGCAGGGAAUGAUGCAAGCUGCACCUUUUGUUCUCCUGCUUCUGGACAAAUUCAAAGCCACACUACUAAAAAUAAUUAUGCCACGGCUCUACGUUUCGGUCUGCGUAAAAAAUUCAAAAACACAACUUUUGAGGAUACUUUACUUUCAACAACUUUCUUAUGUGACAAUUUGAAAAUAUUAACAUUGAAUCAGGAUAAAAUGGAAAUACAGCCACUGUAUUGGUGUUUCCGAUGGUCAAAUCAGAAAUCGUCUUUUGCUCGAUAAGCUACUAGCAGGUAGUACACAAAAAUAUUAAAGGGUUUACAACGAGUACACAAAAUUGUAACUUUGGGAGCUUUCUUUUUUAAAAUCAAAAUAUAAUUGUUGAUGUUGUGAAACCAUUAGUUGCACCAGCUCGACAGGGAGAG